AUGCCAGUACAUGGAUUAGAUAUCGGGGCUAUGAUGCUCCUGCUGGUGGAAGAGACCGGAGCCGCCAGCAUUAGGAACAAGCUGGGAUCGAGACAGGACGACGACGGCAUAGAUACGCCAGACGACGAUGACGAUGUAGCGGCGGCUCCAGCCCCCACGACCACAGACUCAGCAAUAGCGACCACAUCUGCAUCCUCGACAGAGACUGCAACUUCGGCCCGGCAACUAGACACGGGCUCUAAAGCUGGAAUAGCCAUUGGUGUCAUUGUGGGUGUCAUUUUCCUGGGAGGCGCCGUCUUUAUGUACUGGCGACACCGGCGACGGCAGAGAUGGCAGCGGCGCAACAAGUACUCCAACAACAACAACAACAACAACAACCGCGACCCCAAUGAGCCUAAUAUGACAAUGAAUACGCACAAUCUACCACCUAAAUUAGUUGGCGACUCUUCGCCGCCGCUUGGUUCCGUCUCAUCACCGUCGACAAAUCCGGAUGCCGGCCGGCCGUGGUUCGACAACGGGGCCGGGAGCACAGAGUUGCCGAGUCGCGAAGUCCAGGAAGGAGACAGAGUUGCGGGCUGGGUGUAUGAGAAGGCGGAGCUAAGCGUCCCCAAAGUGGGCGAUCCGACUGCAGCGCAGCAGCAUCCCCAUUACCAGUAUUACCAGUACUCAAACUCGACGGAAUUACCUACUGCGGGUAAUCAGAUCCAUGAAAUCCCGGAGACUAGUGCAUGCUCUUACGCACCUGUGGAACUACCCGCUGCCGUGCCGGACAGUGUCAGGAACAGUGGCUUCACUGGUUUCAGCGGAGGGGAAGGGGAGGAGUUUGGCAGAAAUGUGAGCACGAGGACGAGCAACACGGAUGGAUCCGCGAGGAGAGAGAGUGCCGCGCCGACGUUCACAGUCUCAUCGCCGGCGACCACGUUUGCGGAGACUGUCUCGGAUUCUGGCUACGGUGCAAAUGUCGGUCAGGUCUCGCCUGCUUCACCUUACGCAAGAAGCACGGCUGGUGGCAACACGAUGUAG